CGAAACUGGACGCACACAAGCCGCGCGACUUCGCUUCGAUACGGACGCGACGGAACUGUGCUGCGCGUAUAGAAGUUAAACUCGCAAUCAAAACACUGCCUCAUGUUGGGAGGCGGGAUUGCUAAAGAAUAAUUUCUGCAACUAAAUUGUUCUGGAUUUCUUUUUUUCUCGCCCAUACUGCUGUGGGGCAGUUGAAAUAAUUAAUUAUUGGUGUUGAUUAUUAUUAAUUGGUGAAGAGACUGUUAAAUAGUUCGGACUUGGUGUGAUUUGUUAGCAGAGAUCGGAUCGAGACCCUCUGGCUGACAGUGUAACUCUUGGCCGGUAUUUGACAUUGGUGCUCGUCCAGGAAUUUCUGAUUUCACUUUCGCACUAAGGUAAGAAAUAUUUUCUUCAGAAUGAAAAGUUGCAGAAUGGAAAGUUGUCGCUUUCUUAAAAAUAGAAAGGCUUCCUAAAUUCCCCUCCAUAUCUUUUAGAACAAAAAAAAAAGUCGCCAUCAUUCAAUCCUACCUUCAAAAAAAGAAAUUCGAUUUGGUGGUCAAUAACGAACGACGAUACCAUCAACGGAAAAAAAAAAAUCAGCUUUCCUGGAUAUUAAAUAUCACGUUGUUAGUUGGCUAUUAUAGUCAUCUCCUAUGCAGAUAGUCAUCGCACAGGAUUUCCGCUUGUUCGAAUAAAAUUCUACUCGACCAUUUUUCUUUCAUGCUGUUAUCUUCGGUCCUAGUGUUUUCGAUUGCAUCUCUGAAUCCCCGUCAAAGAUGGGGUCAAAAUAUUCUUCUCUGCUUUCCCUAAAGGGACAAUAACCUUACUUUAACUAAUAGUCAGAUUUCUUAAAACAAACAAAAAAGGCAGAGCAUCCUCGUGAAGAACAACAAUUAAAAAAAAAGAAGAAAUUUUUGAAAACUUGAAUCCCAAGAUGACAUCUUCCAAGAGGUCUCUGAACAUCAUCUUCCUGGCUUCACGAUGCCAACGACAUUGCCUCAUCAUCUUCCUGAUGACGUCACUCAUCGGCGGGGGUGAGGGGACGUGGCAAGAUGGCAUCCAACCUCUUAUCAGAAUAUCCCAACUUGAGGAAUCAGAUCUCCAACGCUUCAUCGGCAAUGAAUCUUACAGUGAUUAUUUCAAACUACUUGAGCAAGAUGCAGACUCUCUCUUAGUAGGAGCAAGAAAUAUUGUUUACAAUAUCAGUCUGCAAUCUCUUCAAGAACAGAAGAGACUUGAGUGGUUUUCUGCUACAGAAGAUAUUGGAAUGUGCAGAUUGAAAGGAAAGUCAGAGGAGGAAUGUCAAAAUUACAUCCGGGUUUUGGCGAGGAAAUCAGAAGAUACCAUUUUGGUCUGUGGAACGAAUGCUUUUAAACCUAUGUGUCGAAACUAUAAGCAGACGCCCACGGAUUAUAUUGUUACAAAAGAACAGUCUGGAGAAGGUCUUUGUCCGUAUGAUCCUAAUCAUAAUAGCACGGCUAUAUUUGCAGGACCUCUGGGACAACGUACAGAUGGCGACCUGUAUGUGGCAACAGUAGCUCAAUUCUCUGGUGCUGAUCCGCUUAUUUAUAGAGAACCUCUGAGAACUGAGCAGUUCAACUUCGAGCAUUUGAAUGCUCCUAGUUUCGUGAGUUCUAUCCAUCACGGAGAUUACGUGUACUUCUUUUUCAGAGAAACUGCCGUCGAGUACAUCAACUGUGGGAAGGCCGUGUAUUCGAGAGUGGCUCGAGUGUGCACCAAAGAUAAAGGCGGGCCACACAAGUUCCGCAAUCGCUGGACAUCUUUCCUUAAAGCGCGACUUAAUUGCUCCUUGCCGGGAGAGUUUCCCUUUUACUUCAAUGAAAUUCAAUCCACCAGUCAUAUUGUGGACGGACUGUAUGGUGGAAAGCCUGCGCAGUUGAUCUACGCUGUCUUUACCACACCAACGAACAGCAUCAGUGGAUCUGCAGUUUGUGCCUUCCGUUUAGAAGAUAUUCUUAAAACUUUCGACGGCGCUUUCAAAGGUCACGAAGACGUCAAUUUCAACUGGCUGCCCGUCCAAAAUUCGAAGGUUCCAGAACCCAGACCAGGACAGUGUGUGAAUGACUCAAGGACAUUACCUGAGCAAACAGUGAAUUUCAUCAAAAAUCAUAACUUAAUGGAUCAAUCUGUCCCUGCAUUCUGGGGAAAACCAAUUGUUAUCUAUACGGGUUUCAAGUAUCGGUACACUCAUAUUGCUGUUGAUCCCCAGAUAGAAACUGCGAACGGUGAAAAAUUUGACGUUUUGUUUAUUGGAACAGACAACGGCAAGGUGAUCAAGGCAUUAAAUGGAGGAAGUGACGGAAGUGCUCAUCGGGUGAUCCCCAUCAUCAUUGAGGAAAUGCUUGUAUUCCCGACGAGAAUACCCAUUUCCAAUUUGCUGGUGUACCACACCAUGAGUGAGGCGAAACUCGUCGUCGUAUCGCAGGAUGAGAUACUCACCAUUCCCCUUCAACGCUGUGGAAAACUUGCCCGAACUUGCAGCACCUGUGUGGCACUGCGAGAUCCUUAUUGUGCAUGGGAUAUGAACCAGAGAAUCUGCACUAGUUCAAAACAAAGGAUUUUGAAGAGUGACAAAUUUGUGCAAAAUAUUGUUGACGGAUGGGAUGCCCGUUGCCCAGAAGAUCCAAAGCCAUCAACUUCUCCGAUCACCGUUACUAGCACCACGGCAAUGCCAACCGAGCACACCCUUACAUGUCCGCCUUGUCCCAUCAAGUGCGUCUGUCCCAGUGUACCGGCCUACAUGGAUAACGAAGUGGACCAAGUGGGUCGUCCUCUGAACAAAGAGACCAGUCCUCAGCGAUCACCGCAUCAGUCGGCAAGCCGCCAUGAUAACCACCUCGGAGGCAGGCCUACUCCACAAGAAGACCCAGACAUCAGACCAAACAUUAUUCCAGACGCUCCGGAUGCCUCCAGAGACUACCAUCUCAUCUACACGGCUGAAACUCUCGCCAUUGCUGUGACCUCCAGUAUCGUAUCGUCCCUGGUGGUUGGGUUCAUCAGCGGCUACAUCUUCAGCCGCAGGUGUCGCAAUGAGGAAAUCGAGUCUCCCUACGAUGAGGGGCCCUACCUGGAGCAGCAGCACAACGCUCGGAUGGACCACAGAAACCUGGACACAUUCCUGCCAGCCACUGUCAACAACAAGCCCAUCAACUUAGUCCUCAACGUGCCACCCAAGAGCGGCAAGACGGCCAACAGCUCGGCGGACAAUAAGCCUAUCCAAAAAGUCAAAAAAAUCUACUUAUAGUCGAAUGAGAUGAAGACUUGUGAUGGAUAAUAGACCCUCACGGCAAAUAUCUGUCGUCUGCGUAUUGGUGUGUGUCGUUUUAUUGAAUCGCCAACCAGUUUCUGGAAGAAGAAGAAAGAGUUUGUUGCGUGGAAUUUCACCGACAGCCUAGUUUCUUUUUCUUUCAUCACAUCAAGCAAUUUUAUUUUCUCUCUUACAACUGUAGAUAUUGGUGUUUAUGUGAAUUUAAUAACUAACUAUCGAUCUGUGAAUCCAUUUUUUUGCUGAGGCUGUUUGCUACCGAUGGUGGCCGAAUACAACAAGCGCACCUUUGCAACUCAACUCCGUUUAGUAUUAUUUUCGAUGAAUAAUGACAUCGAUCCAGAUACGUGAACCUGCUUUUUAUUGGACUCUUCUGAAGAUCCCCCCCCCCUCCGUUUUUCAAGUUUCUUCCAAAGAUUUUUUUUUCCAUUGAGACUGAUAUCCAUGAAUGUGGUAAUCAAAGCUGAUGUUUCUGAAUUGUGUGACUAGUAUUUGCAGAUGAACCGAAAUUGACUUCUAAUAUGUUCUGCCACUAGUUGUUAAAACUUCUCAGUUUUAGCUUUAAAACAAACUUGUGCAACCAGGAUUGAAUAAACUGAAAAGUCCUCGCAGGAAUUUUGUCAGCAACUUUUGCCACGUUCAGUUCGGAAAGCUUUGUAAUUUUUGUGAAUUUUUUGACUCUUGUUUACCGUCAGAAGUGACUUUAGCUUGCGACUGUCGUGCCACAGCAUUGCAGACUGCUAUAAAAGAUUAAUUCUAUACAGUCAUUGAAAUAUUAUUUCUAUGUAAUUAACAUCUAUACUGAUGAUACAUGACAUCCAUCACUCAUUGGCAAACACAUUGCCAUCAACUAUGCAGUAAGUCUUUUUGUACAAAUGUGUGAAAACUGUGUGGGCGUGUGUUAUCUGUUAUUAGUUUCCAAUCAUCUGAAAAAAUAAGGUGUAACUAAGAACAACACGGAACUAACUUUCCCAAAAAGUUGUCUAUGACCGAACUUCUGAAAUCAAAUUCUGAUGAUGAGAAUUUAUAAAAUUAAUAAUGAAAAGAUGGCCAAGAAGUUCACUGGUUCUAAAUCCAAUCGUAAGAAAUAGGAAUGUAUUCCCAUUGCGAUUCGUUCCAUGUUGUUCCAUUGUUAUUUUGGCUUUUCUAGAAAAAAGUAAACUUUAAACUUUUCUGAACCGUGACUGUAUGUAAGAAGUCACAAGGGGUGUUCUGUAAACUCCCAUACAUAAGAUCUUUUCUCACUCGUUCAGCGCUUGCAAUAAAUUAAUAUCUGCUUUUUAUACGAGAAACUAUUACUAUAUAAAUGUGACGCAUAUAUACAUAUUAUAUAUAUACAUUAUAUAAAUAUACUUAUCGCUAGUUGAAAGUUCAUUCUAUGCAUAUAUUUUAAUUUUUUGAAGGUCUGAAAUGAAAAAUCUUAUAACUAUAGAUCAUAUUUCAGUAUAUGGAAAAAAUUUUAAUUAAAAUUUUCUACUCCCUUUUUUUAUGAAAUGAUCUUAGAGUUUGAUUUUAUUAUAAAUAGAAAUCUAUGAGAAAGCUGUUAAUCACAAUACUAUACAAAUUUAUUAAAAAUGCUAGAUAGAUUUACUUACGUAAUUUGGUUUUUCGUUAGAAGUUUAUUAAGAAUAUGCAUGAAAUAUUUUCUAAUCUUAAAUGCUAGACUUUGUUAUUUCAGUUUACAAUUCCUUAGAGAAAAAGAACGAUUAAAAAUUGAGCCAUUUAAAUCAUAAUUAAAAUGAAUUGUUACUUUGUGAAAUUAAUUUCUUAUUUUACAAAUUUUAACUAAAGUUAAGGUUGUUUGCUUUCUUUAUUAAAAAACAAGUUUGAACUCUUUUUAAUAUGAACUUUGCCAGUUGUGAGUAAAAGAUGUAUUUUGUGUGUUUUUAUUGCUUUAUAUAUAUAUAGUAGCUUUAGUAAAAUAUUUUAAAUAACAGACGCAAGACUUCGCAGUUGCACUUGUGUAAUGUUUUCCUAACAAUAUUCUGACUAUUGUAUUGAAUUAAUUAGCAAUUGCGAAUUUAAUAAUUUAAAGACACCAUUUAGAACUUGAAUAACGAGUAGCUAGCUUUAAGAAGUUAAAAUGAAUUAAGAAUACCAGCUUUUUGUGUCAUUUGUGUUGCUAGUCCUGUUUAUAUUGGAUAAUCGUGAAACUGCGUUGGUUCAUUUUCAAAAUCCAACCAACUGCGAAACAUCUGUGCGUCUACUGAAUGAGACCUACUUGAAUCUGUGAUUAAUUUUGUUAAACUGUAACCGAUAGCGUUAUGUUGCAUGCUGUCUAUAAUAUUCAUGUGUGUCGAAUUUAUUUUAUCAUUUAUUGUAAUUGUUAAAUUCAGCGUCUCUAUUUGUAUGGUACGUAUUCUUAUUUUUAAAGACGUUAUUAAUGUGAUCAUUUUUCUGUACAUAAACUGGCACUUCAUGUCAUUUAAAUUGAUAAAAGCAGAAUUUAGUGUUAUGGUCAGUACAUUCCUCACUUUUCUUUUAUUUACUCACUUGUCCUGGAGAAUUUUGUUGUAAAUAUGCAAUUUUGUGACGGUCCCUAAAAAAUUGAAGCAGUAUAAUUUACAAGCUAUUACGAUCAGUAAUUAUCUAGUCAAUCAUGGACAAGUUCGAAGGUUGAAGAUUUAAAACAUUUAUGAAAGAAUUUAUCUUGUAAGAAUUAUCCAUUUUGAUAGAUUGGAUUUAAAUUUCGAUAAUAACACUAUUGAUUUAUGCCUUAUUCCAUUUAUUAUCUUUAAACAGUAAAGUAUUUUAUUAAUCAUUAUUUAUUAUUAUUAUUAGUUAUUUUCAACUAUUUCUCAUAAUUAUUUCUGUAACUAUUAAUCAAUUCUCAUAAGUGAAGUGCUAAAAUUUAGAUUUUUCAUACACUUCACCAUAAAAUUCAAAACGAGUAAAAAUUGUUUAGAGCUACUGCUGAGACAGAAAAUGGAAUUCAGACAUUUAGAAAUGAUUCGUUCAUUCAAAGUACAUAGAUUUGGCAAGAAUUAAUUACUAGUAAAUUAUGAUCUGUUCAGCGUAAACAGAAAAUAAAUUGAAAUAAGCAAAUAUUAUUAUAUUCCAUAAAUCAGGAAGCAAACGAUUUUGGAUGAAACCUGAGAUUAUAAUUCAAUAAUCGUAAAUCGAUGGCGCAAACGACUUUUUAAAGUAAAACUUGCAGAAAAAAUUAAAUAAUCACAAAAUGAUGGAGCAAGCUAUAUCUUAUAGCAAUCUUUGUUGAUAAAUGAAAUGUAAUGGUAUCAAUUAUUUUGUUGACUUAAUUGGUAUGCAUAAAACUCGAAAUGAUUUUGCAUUGGAAGAUUUAGUAUAAUAAUUAUAUUUAUGAAUUUAAAUGUAAAAGAAUCGACAUUUAUUGUUUGCUGAUCGCUGAACAGAUUAUAUGUGCAUUUUUUUCGUAUAAAGAAAUUCUUUCUGUUUCUAGUUAUACGAACAUGUAUACCCAGAAUACGAUUACAAAUAAUUUUUUGCGAAACUAGCCUAUCGCUAGAUAGAUUUUGUGUUUUAUGCUGUAUAUAGAUUUGAAAUCAAAGGCGGUUAACUUGUAGCAGCCGACGAUAGUCGCACAAAUUGAAGUGAAAUAUCAAAUUAGUAUAGGAAAAAACGUUGUGCAUUUUAAUAAACCUUGUCUAUUAAAUAAAAGAUGUGCAGCGUACUUGAAAAGCUAUGUGUGAACAGUAUGAGUUUCAAAUUUUUUCCCAGCAUUUCUUUUGUAUAAAUUACAGAAUUAUUUGUGUAAAAGUAGGUUGUUGGAUUUAGCCUGAAAACGCUUUUUCUUCAGACAAUUUUAAUUCUUAUUUCUUCAUUUUUUUUUAAAAAAUCUAAUCCAUGGGAUUUUUUUUUGUAAUUCCAGUUUUCAAUUUAUUCUGUAAUUUCAAUUUCAAAUCAAGUAUUAUAUUCUAAAUAAUUGCAAAAGAAAAAUUUAUAAAGCCAAUUUUUCUAACGAAUAAACAUUCCAUUCCUAAACAUAUUUAUAUAUUUUUUUUCAUUCGGAUUUAUAUCUCUAAAAUAUCGUAGUAUUCCUUCAAUUUUUAUAAUUAUAAUUUGCGGAAGCUUCAUUUAAAAGUUGCACUUUAGAUUUUUAUUUAUUUAAAUCAAAAAAAUGUAACAUUUAUAACCUUUAAAAUAUGGUAUAACUCAAUUAUAUUGUUUCAGAAUUCGUAUAACGCACAACAAAAAAAAAAUGCUAUAAUUCAGAAUUGAUUUCUUUAUUAAUAAGUUUCUCUCGCAAUGGGUCCUUUUUAUCGUUUCCAUAACAUUUAUGGAUAAAUUGUAUGAAAUUUUAGUUGAAAAGUUUUCAUAUUUUAUGCAAGAAAAGAAAAAGAAGCAAGGUAUGAAAUUUUCAUUCUAAGUUGCAAACGAAAAUAUUGCCGUAGAGUUUUAAAAGUGUAUAAACAAAUAAGAAAUCUGUGUAUCUAAAAUGGAGUAAACAGCAUUUUAAUGUGUAAUAAUUCAAAUAAUCCGCUGUGAGGCAUUAAAUCAAAGUAUAGUAUUAAGCAACUGCAAUUGAGAUAUUCCGAAUAAACUUUUGUAAAUAAACAUACAUAUUCACAAAAAUAAAUUUACAGUGUUUAGCUUUUUUUAUAAGCUUAUUAACUGUGUCUCCAUCGUAUAAUAUGGAAAAUCAUUCUUUUUACAUUUGAUGGAAAGGAAUGUGAAUAGUAAUUAAGGAAUAGUGUAAAAGUGCCGAAUUAAAAUUGUUUGAACAUUUUUCUUCAACUUGAAGUUUAAACGCAUUUCCUCUUAAUGUGUUAAUUUAUUUCGUAAAUAAUUGUUUGGUCCAUUGACGAGGCUGUUAAUUUUUCGAAUUGUUUUAAUUGAAAGUCCAUGGAUAACUUUUCAAGAUGAAAACCUUAAAAGAAUCGAAUAUAAUAAUCCUCUUAGAGUUGUAUUUAAAUUAUCUAGAAUUUUAAAUUAAAUAAAUUACAGAAAUAUCCGACAUAAAUGGUGCAGUUUUAUAAACAUCUUUAAAAAGCAUUCGAUUCUGAUUCAAAAGUCAGAAUAAUCGAUACAGACAAUCGUGUUUAUUAAUACUCAUCUAGUUGCGCGGCACACCUUCAAGAUCUCAAGUUGGAAGACAAUUAUAAAGUUAAUAAAACAUAGUUAAAAAAACGGAUUUUGUGCAAUGAAAUUCGUAACCAAGCCAAAAAUCAAUUGUUUUUAGAUAAAAAGAGAUAAAAACAUAAAAAUUGAUUCAAUAAAUUUUGAUAUGUUACAACAAUUUUGAAAAUGAACUUUUCUGUGGCAUUGCUUUCUUGGAAGUACGAUAUUGUUCAGCUAUUAUAAAAACUCUAUUGACGACUCAGAGUGACAGAACAUUGCAAAAUUGAGUUUAGUUGUAUUAAGUCCCUUUUUUUAAAGCAACAUUAGGGCUAUUUUGGGACGGACCUCGUAAUUUUGAACUAUAGUCAGAUGAUGAGGACGACAUCUCAGCUGGCACCUCCCCCUCUCCAAAAUUCCACACCACACCAGCGGGAAGAGGUUUGGCCCCGACCAGACCCGUUUACACGAUGGUUCUUUGGUGAACUCGGUCACGAACUUGAAAACCUCCGGUUCUGAAGCCGAGACCUUGCCACCAGGCCACCGUGGCCCCUAUAAUAUUGCAAAGAGCCACUGAAUCGCAAGCACAUGACAUAAUUAGUAUUAUGGAUCCUUUGUAAAAUAAAAACAGUACAAUGAAAUUAUGCAGAUUUCGAUUUAAGUUUUGAGUUUCAUUGCACAGAAUAUCCAUUACUUGUUUACUAAAUUGUAUUCAAAUAUUGAAAAUACUAUACUCAGAUCUUUAUUCAGGACAAUUUAUCUUUGCCUAACUAUACAAUUCGAAUCUUUCUCCAAGAUGGCAUUUCUUGUUAUAUUCGAUUGAAAGAUUAUUAAAAACUGGAAAAUUACAAAUUUCAUCAUGACUAUUGAAAAUAAAUACUCGAUUGAAAAUUUUUUCGGCUUGAUAUUGUGAAGGUCUGUCCGGUAGAAAAAAGAAAAUUUCAGUAAUAAAUUUUUCAAAUCUCAAUCGCAGUUGCCUUCGUGCAUCCAUCCAUUCUUCAAGUUUUGUCAGGCCUAGUCGGUGUUAACAAAGGUAGUGAAGUGUAAGACUUAGUGUUGUUUUCAAUUCAGACAUGUGUAAUCAAAUUCUGAGUUUUGUCAAUAGUGGUUUUUGACAUACAUUGAUGGUAAGAUAGCUUGUCCUAUGAUUAUUUAAAUAAUGUCAACUGCUGGUAAAAUAUUACUUUGUCAUCUGUGUUCUCAUGCCUGUUGUAAAUGUUUUCUCACAAUAAAGUCAAAACAACUAGAA